ACACUUUAAAAAUGCUCCGCCUCCGGCAGCUUCCAGUCUCACUCAACCCCUUCCCCUUCGUCACGAAACCUGCUCCCCAUCUCUUCAUCUCUCGAAACCCUAAAAAUCCCACCUUUGCCACAUUUUCCAUGGCGCCAAUUCCUCAGCCUCCGGUAGCGAAGAAGGUGAAGCACGAGAUGGAGCUCUUCGGCGACGUCAGGAUCGACAACUACUACUGGCUCCGCGACGAUUCGCGAACUAAUCCCGAGGUGAUCGCUCAUCUGAAGGCGGAGAACGAGUACGCCGACUUCAUGAUGGCUGGUGUGAAACAUGUUGAGGAUGAUAUAAAUGCUGAGAUAAGAGGGAGAAUUAAAGAAGAUGACAUUUCUGCUCCUGCAAGGAAAGGGCAAUAUUACUACUAUAAUAGAACUUUGGAAGGGAAGGAAUAUGUUCAGCAUUGCAGGAGGCUUAUCACCAAAGAAGGUCCUGCUUCUGUGCACGAUGUUAUGAGUACUGGACCUGAAGCACCUGAAGAGCAUGUUAUCUUAGAUGAGAAUGUUAAGGCUCAAGAUUACGAAUAUUAUAGCAUCGGCGCUUUUAAAGUCAGUCCAAACAAUAAGCUUGUAGCAUAUGCAGAGGACACCAAAGGCAAUGAAAUUUACACUAUCUAUGUCAUUGAUGCUGAAAGUGGGAUUCCUGUUGGAAAGCCUAUAGUAGGUUCUCUAACAUCGGAACUUGAGUGGGCUGGCAAUGAUGCACUGGCAUAUGUGACGAUGGAUGCCAUCCUUCGACCUGACAAGGUAUGGUUACACAAACUGACAUCUGACCAGUCAAGUGAUAAAUGCCUCUAUCAUGAAGAGGAUGAAAUGUUUUCUCUUGAUCUUUAUGCUUCUGAAAGCAAGCAGUACCUAUUUGUGGGAUCUGAAAGUAAAAAUACAAGGUUUAUAUUCUACCUAAACAUUUCUAAGCAAGCGGAUAAGCUUCUGACUUUGACUCCGCGUGUUUAUGGCGUUGAUACUUCGGCUAGCCAUCGGGGGAACCAUUUUUAUAUUAAAAGGAGGAGCAAUGAGUUUUACAAUUCAGAAUUGGUUGCUUGUCAUGUGGACAAUAUACCACAAACAACAGUUAUUCUCCCUCACAGGGAUAGUGUGAAGAUUCAGAAUUUCCAGCUUUUCAGUGAUCAUAUUGCUAUAUGUGAGCGAGAAGAUGGUUUACCUAAAUUGACUGUGUAUCGCCUUCCAGCCAAUGGAGAAGCAAUUGGACGCCUUGAAGGUGGCCGGAAAAUUAGCUUUAUUGAUCCAAUAUACUCAGCAGACCUUAAAGAAUCACAGUUCUCUUCAAGUAUUGUACGAUUUUCGUAUAGUUCCAUGAAAACACCACCUUCUGUGUAUGACUAUGACAUGGACACAGGUGUUUCAGUUCUAAAAAAGAUUGAGACAGUAUUAGGUGGUUUUGAUGCAUCAAAUUAUGUGACUGAAAGAAAAUGGGCAGUUGCUUCCGAUGGCACUCAAGUUCCUAUUUCAGUUCUUUACAGAAAUAACCUUGUGAAGCUUGAUGGUUCAGAUCCUUUGCUAUUAUAUGGUUAUGGCUCAUAUGAGAUUUGCAUAGACCCAAGUUUCAAGGGAUCAAGGUUCUCUUUGGUAGACAGGGGAUUUAUAUUUGCAAUAGCUCACAUACGUGGCGGUGGUGAAAUGGGAAGAAAGUGGUAUGAAAAUGGGAAGUUGCUGAAGAAGAAAAAUACAUUUACUGAUUUCAUUGCUUGCGCAGAGUAUUUAAUAGAGAAUAAAUACUGCUCGAAGGAAAAACUAUGUAUCAACGGGAGGAGCGCAGGAGGCUUGCUCAUUGGUGCUGUUCUGAACAUGCGACCUGAUCUUUUCAAGGCAGCUGUGGCUGGAGUACCUUUUGUUGAUGUACUAACGACUAUGCUUGAUCCGAGCAUUCCGUUGACUACAUCUGAAUGGGAGGAAUGGGGUGAUCCUCGAACGAAAGAGUACUAUUUCUAUAUGAAAUCUUAUUCUCCAGUUGAUAAUGUGAGACCACAAAAUUAUCCCAAUAUUCUUGUUACAACAGGUUUAAAUGAUCCCCGUGUAUUGUAUUCGGAACCUGCAAAAUUUGUGGCAAAACUAAGAGAAAUGAAGACCGACGACAAUGCACUCUUGUUCAAGUGUGAACUAGGAGCUGGACACUUCUCAAAGUCAGGAAGGUUUGAGAAGCUAAAAGAGGAUGCAUUCACCUAUGCUUUCAUCUUAAAGGCGUUGAAUAUGAUUCCGCAAGUUUCCUCUUAAGGAGCGAAGGGAAAAACUUCCUAAGAUGUACGACAGUAAAUUAGAUGAACAGUUAGUUUCACAAUCUUAAUGCAGUCUAUAUUAUUUGUCCUCAGAUUUUUUUACAAUAUCAGCAUAACUAUCCAUGAAUUUUGUGAAAGUGAACCAUUGCUUCAGUAAUUGAGGUUGUCUUAUACAAGAAUUACACGAUGAAAUA